CUCGAAGGCCGAAGCCUUCGUUGAGGAAGCCCAUCAUACAAACACUACAGUUUCGGAGGAGACGAGGCGAGGGCGGCGCCGGGUUUCGAUGGUUGUGUACGUCGUCCACACGAGGAGAGAGCGGCGGGGUGGGAGAGCCGGCGAGGGAUCAUCGGCGAUGAGCAAGAACCUCGUCCGCCUUGCUAGCCGCGCCGUCAAGCCAGCCAUCCCCUCCGGCGCAGGCGGCCGCUCACUUUCGCGCGCCGGGGGCGGCCGCCCGCUGCGCGCCACGUCGCCGCCUCCCCCGUCUUCGAUCAGCGGCUGCACCGCGUCCUGGGAGUCCCGCUCGCUGCGCCGCGACGGCGAGGAGGACUGGGAGGAGGUCGUCGCAGCGGGGGCGAGGCCUGGUAUUGCCGGCUUCCGCGGGGAGGCCACGGAGGAGCAGGGGGUUGUGUUCGGGGCCCCGCCUACCGACGACGAGGUCUGCGCCGCCGUUGCCAGCAUCAAGCAGGUGUUUGAGAAACCUUCUGAUGUGGAUUCUGAUGCGCCUGAGCUAACGCUUGCGCUGCCCAUGUCAGGGCACCCUUCAUGUGGAUUAAUUGUUAAUCAUUUUGCUCUAGAUUCUGGUGCAUCUGAGGUCGGAUCAGAUGAGUGGACUGAACCUGCUAUGCUCGUUCGUAACUCAAGUGCUCUUUUGACAAAGGAACACGGGAGUGUACUGGAUGCACUCCGCCUAUUGCAUGAAGACCCUUCGGUUCAGAAAAUGGUUAUGGCCUUGUCAAAAGAUAAGGCUGUAUGGCAUGCUGUGAUGGAGAACGAGGUGGUACAAGAAUUCAAGAGAUCCUUCCAGGAUGCCAAGGAAACUGAUCUCAAUGGACGGUCUACUGCUCCUCCUGGAUUCAUGAUGUGGGUCCUGGAAAACACCCAAGCGAAAAUCAAGGAAUUCCUUGAGAAAAUACUUGGGCUCGUGAACAUGCUCUUCCAAUCCGGGGACAAGGACUACGAUAUGUCUGAUGAUAUAGUGAGGAUGUCCUUCAUGCUCUCUGUGUUUGUCUUCAUCGUGGUCACUAUUGCUCGUAUACACUGAGCACAGCAAUUCGUCGACUUCGCGUACUGGUGGUUUCUUACUUUUGUACAGGAUUAGUUCUAGAAUUAGUUCUAUUCUUCGUAUGGUCGGCAACGACCGUGGUUGGUGUCAGUCUUAGUUGUCAGGUCCAGAAGCUGCGUUAUCAGUAUUCUUAGUGGAAACUAAUGGUUAUCGUGUGGGAUUGUCUUAAACGUCAGUGUUUAAUAUCAUCUGCAGUGUGCUCUCUGAACAUGAGUUCAGUCUAAACGUGUGGUCAGGCGAGAUUCGGGAA